ACAACCGAGGCGAUCGGUGUUUAUAAAGAUCAUGCAGAUCUGAGAAGUUAGUUUCUUUGAUGUACGUUUAUUAUAGAUACGAUCGGAAUUUAAACUUUAAUAUAAAUAAAGAAUAAAAAUUUUAAUGAUAUAAUAAGUUUAAAUUAUUAUCGUAAUCAUGAAUGGACCAAUCGUUUUGAUCAUUGUGAUUUGUUGUUUUUUGUGUACUACAAAUUCGAUUCCUUAUGAUUAUUGGAAAAUACGAGCUGAAAUACUUACCACAGAACAAAACUCAAUGCUUGGCGGUCAACUAGAUUUGAAAUAUGACGAAUAUAUCGCUAAUGAUUUUCUAAUGGCGAAAAAACGGGCCGAAUUUGAAAAUGCUUUUAAAAACUUGAGUCUUUUUCUGCCUGGACGUAAUUUCUUAGAGGCAAGAACGGAGAUAAAAAAUUCGGAAGUUUAUAAAAUCAUUCGAGCGAUGCCGAAAGGUGCUGUCCUUCACGCACACGAUACGGCACUCGUUUCAGCCGAUUGGAUUUUCUGGAAUAUAACGUUCCGACCAAAUCUUUAUGUAUGCGAAACAUCGAAAAAUUUGCUUCAAUUACGAUUUUUCGAAAAACCAAAUGACGAUUGUUCGUGGAGACUUUUGAGCGAUCUUAGAAAGAACAAAAGUAUCGUUGACACGAUUAAUUCAAGGAUUUAUAAACAAAUGACUAUGCUAACGAAAAAUCCUGAAAUAGUUUACAAAGAUAUUGAUAAAGUUUGGUCAAAGUUCAAACAAGUAUUUGAUUUCAUUACACCAAUGCUUUCUUAUAAACCAGUUUAUGAGGAUCAUUAUUACGAAGCUUUGAAAGAUCAUUACAUGGACAAUAUCAUGUACAUCGAAAUUCGUAGCACUCUUCCGAAUUUGUACGAGCUCAAUGGCACCGUCUACUCAUCUCUCGAAACUGCGAUGGUUUAUAAAAAGACUACGGAAAGAUUUAUGUCGGACUAUCCAAACUUCGUUGGUGCCAAACUGAUAUAUGCCCCAAAUCGUAAAGUAGAUGAAAAUAAAUUUGACGAGUAUUUAACGAUAUUGAAAGCUUUGAAAGAAAAAUUUCCAACGUUCUUAGCCGGGUUCGAUUUAGUUGGGCAAGAAGAUAAAGGACAACCGUUGGCUGUAUUCGCCAAUAAAUUGAGGAAUCUCAAUCCACCGAUCGAUUAUUUUUUCCAUGCUGGUGAAACUGUUUGGUAUGGUUCAAGUACCGAUGAAAAUCUUAUCGAUGCUGUUCUAUUAGGUGCUAAACGUAUUGGACAUGGAUACGCUUUAACGAAACAUCCACUGGUAAUGGAAAUAAUAAAACAACGUGGGAUCGCCGUCGAGGUCAAUCCCAUUUCCAAUCAAGUGUUGAACUUGGUAAAGGAUCUUAGAAAUCAUCCAGCGGCUCAAUUAUUUGCCAAUAAUUUUCCUGUUAUCGUUUCGAACGAUGAUCCUGGACUUUGGGGAAGCAACGCUCUAAGCUACGAUUUUUAUCUAGCCUUCAUGGGAAUCAUGUCGCAGAAUUCUGAUUUAAGGGCUCUAAAACAGCUAGCUCUUAAUUCUAUUAUAUACAGUAAUAUGGAUGCUGAACAGAAAAAUUAUGCUUCAAUAUUAUGGAAAAAAAAAUGGUGCGAUUUUAUAGAUAAAUUAGUUAACUCGUCUCAAGCACAACAAAUUUAAUACAAUGGUUAUCAUAUACGACCAUAAUCAUUUAAUUAAUAUUUGUCUUGCGUAUCAUGGAUGAGAUAUAUUAAUUUUUUAUUAUUUGCUCGGUAUUUUCUUUUCAAGAAUGUAGUUAGAUAUCGCGAUUUGGUUAAUGUUUUGUUAUAAAAAUUUUUUCUUUAUUAUAAUCAUAAUCUAUUUUCAAAAAAUGAAUUCUCAAAGCAAAAUAAAUGGAAAAAGAAAAAUUUUUACAAAGAAUCUUAAAAUAAUUAACUCACUAUAAAUAUUACUAAUUUUGAAUUACAUAUUUGCGACCCUUAAUUAGUUAAUUAAUUAAAUUGGUU